CUUAUUUCUUAUUAAACUCGACUCUUUAGAUUCGCUCCCUGUAUUCCUUUUUCUCAUCUCGUUUCUCUUUUCUUGUCCUUUUUCCAUGUCGCAGAGUCCGGUCGAGAGUCCUCAAUUCAAGUCUCAGCAACAGACUACCCUCAACGGCUAUGUUGGUUUCGACACCAUCACUCAGCAGAUUGAGAAAAAAUCGUUGAAGCGUGGUUUUCAGUUCAAUAUUAUGGUGGUCGGUCAGUCGGGUCUAGGAAAAUCGACACUGGUAAACACCAUCUUUGCCUCUCAUCUCAUCGACAGCAAGGGACGUCUGAAUGCAGAUGAGCCUCCGCGUCAAACGACGGAGAUUGAGACCGUGUCCCACUAUAUCGAAGAAAACGGCGUUCGUCUUAAAUUGAACAUCGUGGACACUCCUGGCUAUGGAGACCAAGUGAAUAAUGAGAAUUGCUGGGAACAUAUCAUCAAAUAUAUUAAGGAUCAGCAUUCGGCAUACCUUCGCAAGGAACUCACAGCUCAACGUGAGCGUUACAUCCAAGAUUCUCGAAUCCACUGUUGUCUCUUUUUUAUCACACCCUCGGGUCAUUCUCUCAAGCCAAUCGAUGUGGUUGUCCUGAAAAAGCUCUCCGAAGUGGUGAAUAUUGUGCCUGUCAUUGCCAAAUCCGAUUCACUGACAUUAGAAGAACGUGAAGCUUUCAGAAAACGUAUCAAAGCCGAGUUGGCUUUUCAUAACAUCACUCUAUAUCCAUAUGAAAGCGACGAAGAUGACGAGCAAGAGAAGGCUCUCAACGAAAGCAUAAGGGAGCUUAUCCCGUUCGCGGUAGUAGGGUCAGAAAGGCAUGUUAUCGUAGAUGGCAAAGCCGUCAGAGGACGCAAGGCACGAUGGGGCGUUAUUAAUGUGGAGGAUGAAAAUCACUGCGAAUUUGUGCAUCUUCGAAACUUUUUGAUGAGAACUCAUUUGCAAGAUUUGACCGAGACAACGGCUCAAAUUCACUAUGAAGCUUUUCGAUCGAAGCAGCUGUUGGCUAUCAAGGGAGCUGCGCAACCACCUGGCGGAACUCCCAUGAGCUCACCCGCACCUCCUACCCCGGCGUCUCCUUCGACAAACCCGAAUAGCAGCCCUGCUCAGGGAUCUGCAAGGUAAGCAAAAUAACACCGAAAAGUAUCAAAGCGAUUUGAGUCAGUGGAAAACAAAAAUGAGGUGGUGAUUUUGGUGAUGGCUUUUCUCCUGUUUGUCGUAUUAUUAUUAUUAUGGCUUCUUGUUGGAUUCCAGUUGUGUUUUCCUUUUUCUCUUUUUCCUGUUUUCUCGCUGAUGGAAAUAAGCUAUUGACAUUGGAACCAAUUUACUUAUAUGAUUAUCUCAGAUCCGUGCCUGCUUUUGCCUAGUAGACCUGUUUUUAUUCGUUUUUUGCUGCCUUUAUCCAUUCAUUCGCCAUCCCAUCAUUUUCUUCUUUUUAUUUAAGAUAGUCAUAGUGAUAUUUAUCCAAAAAAAAAGACAUUUCCCCCUUUUUUCCCCUUCUUCUUUUUGUUAAACCGGCGAUGAUGCAUCCUACGCCUAUUACCCCAUCCUUCUUAUACCUUUAUGGUAAUUUCAAAUAAUAUUGCACAUGAGGAACCAUUGCCAAAAAAAAACG